AUGUGGCACUAUCACCACCCAAACUAUGUUUUCUUCAUUCUAGUCCUUGUGUUCAAUCAUGCUCACCAGACGUUCGCUUUUUUUCUCUCUCUGUUUGCCUCGUUGUUGGCUGCCGGGUUAUCCUAA